AUUGUUUCAACAGGUGCUUGGGAGAUAGAAAGAGGCGGGAGGCUGCGAUAGAGAGGAAACAGAUAAAAGUGACAGACAGAAAGAAAGAGAGAGGGAGAAGAGCAGGUGGACAGGACAGGAACUUGGACUACAUCUUUUAAGUUCUGUUUUUUUUUUUGAAGGAGGUACUCUUUUUUCAGUGACUGAUGGCUCAGGAGGAGUACACAAAAAGUGUGGGAUGAGUUUUCAUGCUCUGUUUUGCUGUGGGCCGUAAAGUGGGUCAACACCUGAGAAGGAGGUGAAAGGAGCAGCAAAGGAGGAGACAGUUUUCCCUCAGGGAAGCAGCUGCAGAUGGAGGAAUACAAAAUGAAUUAGGUUUCUUUUUCUCAUCUACUCACAGGUUCUCUUUUAUUUAGAAGUAUCUGUUCACAUCUUGAUGAAUUUUUCACAAAUUGAAACUGGUUUUCCAGGCUGUGUGUGGACAAAUUUCACUACACUGACCUUGCUGUUGGCUAUCUCUAGGACAUUUUUGCAGAAGCAGAAACCUUGACCUAAGGCUGCACUUUUGGAUUCAUUUGAACUAAGAUUGCAACAAACCAGCAUUUUCCUCUACUAUUCAAGCAUAAAGAUAACCUAGCAUCUGUGGGCUUGAACAUACCAUCUGAUCUCCAGCACAAGGGGGAUCAUUUCCUCCAUUCUCACUCCUCCACGAGAGAGGAGGAAGCCAACUUCAUCACCAUGCAGAACCUGGGACCUGAGCAUGAUGACUCCUUUGACUUCUUGUUCAAGAUCAUCCUGAUCGGAGACUCAAAUGUGGGGAAGACCUGCGUGGUUCAGAACUUUAAGUCAGGGAUUUUCUGUGAGAGACAGCAGAACACCAUUGGCGUGGAUUUCAGUGUGCGAACUUUGGAUAUAGAGGGGAAGAAAGUCAAGGUUGGUAUGAUGUAUACGCAUGUGAAUAGUGGACAAAAAGCAGGGACAUUUGGGGACUUAAAUUACAACCACAGAGUAUUAACUCCCCCAUAUGGUACCUUUACAUGCAUUCAGCUAAAGCUGGGAGAAAAAUUUUCAAGAUUAAUCAUAUUUGACAGAGCAGAAAAAUAAGUUUAACAAGAAUUUUGCCAUUUAGAGAGUGAACACUUCCUAAAAAAGUGGCCUGAUAAAGUUCAACAUAAGAAAAACAUACAGAAAAGGACUCGAAUUUUUGUUUUGCAAAUCUUAGCCUUAAAAACAAUGAAUUUUGCUUCAAAUGUCACAAUAAAUAUCUUUUGUAUAGCUAUUGAUAUAAGGCCACACUCAGGAUCAAUUCCAGGCCAUAUGGUCCCUGCUACUCUUCACAUCAAACAGCAAUACCCUGGCCCUGUAUGACAGUGACACAGAUUUAAAAUGUGCAGUCAUUUCUUUUGUCUUAAGGAGGCCAUUAAAGGUUUGAAUUUUACCAUGAUUCCUAUCCUGUAACGCCUGCUAAAGGCCUUGAUCAUUAUCAUGCAGAGUCAGCUGGCCCUGACAGUGACAGCCUGCACAGCACCACAACAGACUGCUGAGUUAAAUGUCAAAUGAGUAAAGUAAAAAUAAAAAAGCAAGGGACCAGAUGUGAUGGAUUAUGGGGGGUUUGGGGGUCAAAUAACACCAGAGAGAGAGGAUUCCUUUGCUUAUAGUAUCAGUUAGACUCAGUCAAAUAACUCGUCAGACCGGCUUCUCACAUGCAGGACCUGUCUGUCAGGUUUCUUUGCUGUUCAUGCGGGCGCAAAUAAACCUGGAGUGACUUUUCUGUGCUGUCAUCAGGAUAAAAAAAGGAACUGAAUGAUUUAGGUCACAGUGACUCGAUUUAUUUGCACCAUAAAUCAGCGUUCAGACUGAGGACUUUUGUUUGAAAACCGUUACGCCACUGGUGUUAGUGUUGGAUAUGAAACAGGUGUCUAAAAUGCUCAUCUAAAGUCAGCUUCGGUAAACCAUUUUGGUGUUUCCUGUAUCUAACUGGAUUUUUCUGUAGAUUUCCUGUCACAGUGGGGGGAGGUGCGGUCUUUUGCUCAACACAAACACAUAAACACACCUUCACUAACUGUAUUCUCCUGUGGACGAGCCAGUUAGGUGACUGCAGGGCAAAAAUUCAUGGUAUGCAGUUUUAUUUAAACAAACAGGUCAUUAAGUGAAUGUUUUUUUAUGGGAGGAACAUAUGCCAUAAACCCUAAAUGGUUAUAAGAAAACUGUAAAGUCUACUUGUGUAUUAUAAGGACUACUUUUAAUCACAAUAUAUGAAGUUGCAUCAAGGCUACAAAAUGGUACAAUAUGUUACUUUCCUAAUGAGUCAUAAAGGCUCAUUUGUGUCCAAGUCGCUUAAUUACAGUUUUUCUUUGUCUGUGUACUUCAACCACCACCUGCCUGAGGCUAUAUGUUCCUGAGACACCUACAAUGAGUACAUUUCCUUUUGGUGUUGAACAUCUUAGCCAAAGCUGUGUUGUCACUCUCUGUAUGCAGAUGUCAGCCUUAUUUGAAUUUCCUGUUUAAACUGAUCCUGUUUGUUUGGUUUUGGUUGCUACUGUCAGCAAAUAUGAGCAAUCGAGAGCUAAUACUCAAAUGCAUUGGAUUACUGAGAUGCUAGGCUAUGUUGUUUGUGCUGGCCAUGCAAAAAUUGACUUCAGUUAAAGCUCCUGUGAGGAGUUUUUGGUGGGUUAUGAAACAGACUGAGAUAACCAGUGAUUCAUACUCUGAAGUAACAGCCUUUCUAGCAGUAGGUGAGAUAUUUCACUGUAAAAAGUCAACAGGACAAGAUUUUGUUAAUUUAACACUAUUUUAGAGAUAAAAUGUCCACAGGGGCCACAAAAAUUACACAGACAGAAAGUUCCUGACAGGAGCUUCAGGCCUAAACGGCAUCAAGAUGUAUUUUAGUGUUGAAUCCAUAGACUGUAUAUAGAAUGGACAGCGUCUGCCUCCUCACUGGGUGAAGCCACUCCAAGAACAGCACCAUCUGUUGACGGGCUGCAGUAUAGGUCAUAAAUCCCACCUCCGUCAGCAAAGCCUUGGACAAACUAUAGAAAUUUAUUACACAGAACAUACAUUUUUCCCCCCCGCUUGUGGUGAUGGCACGUAGUUACAGUAAGACUGGUUUGUGCUCAAGUCCUCUUUUUUCUGUACAGCUCCAUUUUUAAAAGUUAUUAGGGGGUUCAUAUUUUCUAUGAUUGACACCUGAUACAGCCUAUUGGCGUUCAGGGAUUGCGCAGCUCAUCCGGGGAUACGCUGUUUGAGCCGAGCGUCAUCACAGCGACUCUCGGUGACUCUCCCGCUGAAUGCGCACAACGCUACUGCACUGGUUUCAGGAAAUGAAGAAAAAUCCCAGAAAUACUGAGAGCUUUUUGGCUUCAAAUCUGUGUACAGGAGGGAGGCGGAACCAAGUUGUCCAUAGUAUAAACAGUCUAUGAUUGAAUCCGAACAAUAUUUUGUGAAUUUUUUUACAGGAACAAAAUUCUAAUCUUUUCUUCAAACCAAAAUGUCAGUAUUGUGUUUCGUGGCCCAAAAAUGAUCAUGAAGGUUGAGUGCAAAACUAAGGGGAAAGUACUUCCUAACAUAUUGUUGUUGAAAUCCUCCUGAAUUAGAUAAGGAUAAUCUUGAAUUUUUGAACUACACAAACUAAAGGAUUCAUCAACACUUUCUUGAGAUCUGAUCAAAUCUGAAAACUCUUAGACAGUCGGAUUACAUUAAACACCUGAGCGCUGAUUCUCAUCCAGAUACACCAACACAAACAGGUGAGAUGUGCUUGGCUGGGAUUGGAUUGGUUUGUAUUGGUUGCUAUGACAGCAGUUACCAUGUUACCAAAGUCUGUCAGAUGCUCAGGGAGUACUCUGCAGAGGAAUAAUGUCUGACACUGUUAACCUUCACACAUUCAUAAGAAGCAUUUCUAUUUACAUGCAGAUCAGCCACACACCUGUCCUCAUGUAAAUGUAUCUGCUAAAGUUGAUGCCUUAUGUUCAUUAUGUGUGUCACAGAUGCAGGUGUGGGACACAGCAGGUCAAGAGAGGUUUCGAACUAUCACCCAAAGCUACUACCGCAGUGCCCAUGGUGCCAUUAUCGCCUACGACAUCACACGACUCUCCACGUUUGACUCAGUGACUCACUGGAUCAAAGAGGUGGAGAACUUCGGAGCAUCCAAUGUAGUGCUGGUUCUUAUAGGUGAGAGUGGGACUGUUAGUAUUUGAGUGAUUGGAAACAUAAGAUAUGAUAUGAUAUGAUAGGAUAGGAUAGGAUAGGAUAGGAUAUGAUAUGAUAUGAUAUGAUAUGAUAGGAUAUCCUAGCCACAAAUAAUGCUCAGAACAGCACCUAACUUCAUCAACCGUACAUAUAGGGUCCCAGCCACAGCACUAGCCACCAAACAUCUUUUUAACUUUGCUUAAUUUCUUUAUUGUGUGUUUGACCCUAAAUUAAUUUUAUGCCGGAAUAUCCCUUUAAGCGGAAGGCCAUCUCAGUUCUUCUGACCCUUUCUUCUCUUGGUAUGGUGAUAAUACUCGCUUAUAAUUAACAAUCUUCAAUUUAAAAGAUUUAAAAAAAAAACUUCCUAAAACCUUCAAAUUGCUAGAACAAUGUACCAAAUACUACAACCCAACCUGAAAGAAAAACGAUUCAAUGCAUCCGGCUGCAGCUUUAACCCUUCCAACUUUGGAUUUGCAGCCAUAAAGUCCUCGACAUUCAAGCCCUCUGCAAGUGUCAGCCUUAGUUUGUAAAAUCAGUGCAUUAAAGACAAUAUAAACAAACUUUUGUUGCAGAAGUCAGGUGCUGAGGAUCACGCUGAGGUGUAAUGCGCAUGUUUCUGCUGUCAUGUAGGUAACAAAUGUGACCUGGAGGAGGAGCGUCAGGUUCCAUUUCAGAAAGCCUGCAGCAUGGCUAAAGAACGAGGCAUACUAGCUACCCUAGAAACAUCCGCAAAGGUAAAGAGCGUGUUAAUGGGACACAUGUCUUCAAGUUGGGAUAAGUUUGUUCUUAAAAGUUCUUCUUUUUGUGUGUAAAGGAGAGUCAGAACGUAGAAGAAGCCUUCAUGAUGAUGGCCAGAGAGCUGCUGGCUCGGAACGGCCUCCAAGUCCAGCAGGGAGACUUUGGGAGCAUCGACAUGCCUCGAGUUCUGCUCCGGUCCGACUCUCGACCUGUUAACGGGAUGGCCAGUGCUUACACACCACCAGAGAAGAAGGACUGCUGCUGAUUGUAACUUGGACAAUAGUACGAAGAGAGCUGCCAGUAAGCCAGAUGAAGAGAGUGAGAGACACUUUUCACCCUUUGCAGGAACUUUUUUGACUUAAAGUGAAAAGUGUUGAAAUUCUUUUUAACUGAACAGAUGCCGCAAGAACCAUGAAGUCAAACUGGGCUUGUUUGGUAAUGCAAGAAUCUUAUUUAUAUCAGCUAUAUCUUGAUGAUGUGAAACCACUACAGUUCCAUUUUGUUAAAUUUCUAACAUCAAAUCAGGACUUUAAAUAACCCUAACCACAAAAUCUACUCAUUGCAAGCAUUUUCUGAACCUGCUGCCCUUAACACAUUUUUAUUUGUCUUUUAUUUUGUAAAUGCUGUCUAACUACUGAAUGAAACACAAGGAAGGACUACACAGAGCAGAAGACUCUGAGUAUUUCACCAAAGUGAACUCUUGUGUUGCCUUAAUGAUGACCUUGAUCCACUGCUGCUGCUGCUGCUGCUGCUGCUGCUCAUUGGAUGAAAACAUCCUGGAACAUCUGUAAUAAGCCAGAACACUGUGAAGUUUUGUUCCGACUUUCAUGUCAGUUAAAAACAAAAAUAAAGUGUCAUAUUGUCUGUAAUAGGUUGAGAAUAGAUCCUUGUUUUUCUGAUCAUAAAUACAAACUAUGCAAUGUUUCACUUCA